UGAGAGUGGUGAUCGUGUCUCUGUCAUAACGACACGUUAUUUUUACUGUAAUAGAUGUAUAUGAAUAAACGAAAAGCACGUGUGAAGGUUACUGAGGUUGUAAGGUUCUAUACUUAUUACAUUUUAUUAAAUUUUGUGCCAAAGAUGAAAUUAUUCCAGUUAGCUUUAAUGGUUUUGAUAACCGAGACCGUUAUAUUGCAACAAGGACUGUCAGUUAUGGAGAAUGAUUAUUAUAAUAUUCUUGGACUAAGUUCUGAUGCGAGUGAAAAAGAAAUUAGAAAAGCCUAUAGGGAACUAGCCAAAAUAUAUCAUCCAGACAGAAACACUGAAAAGGAUGCAGAAGAAAAAUUCAGAGAAAUUGUACAAGCCUAUGAAGUAUUGUCUGAUCCUGUAAAGAAAAAACUUUAUGAUAAAUAUGGAGAUGAAAAUCACCCACAUAUUAAAGAAUCUCCAAUUAAUUUUGAUGAAUUUUUCUCAUCUUUUAACAAGCAUUUUCAAUUCCCUAAAGAAAACAGCUAUAAUAAAUUUUUCUCAUAUGAUAGUGGCAAGUAUUUUACUCUUGAUGAAAUGUUCAGUCCUGAUUAUGAAACUGCUAAUAAUCAUUUCCAACAUAAAAGUAAUUCUGGACGAUGUAGAACUGUUACGCAAAGAUUUGGAAAUAUGGUGACAACAUACACUCAAUGUACAUAAAACAUUUUACAAAAUAUUCAGAUAUAUUUAUUUAAAAGUAUUUUACUUAGAUUUGAGAAAAUCUGAAUUGUGAUUUAUACCAAAGAUGCUCUUGCCAAAUAUUCCUCAUAAUUAUAUGUACAGUAAUUGAAAGCUCUAAUACUGUGAUAUUGUUUUAAUUUAAAUAAAAUUAUAUAUAUUUUUAUAUAUGGUUG